AGUAUGUUUGCUCAAGGAUCUAUUCUGUAUAACGGGUCUAAUGGUCAGGCAGUCAUGAUCAAUUGUAUUGAGAUUUACGGAAGAAAGAAGCAUAUUGAUACCCACAGAGAGCCAUUCAAACUUCUAAAGAACCAAGUCCCACAAACCUCAAUUCCCCCAUUUGGCAAGACAAAAUACGACGAUAUUUGGCCCUUGACAAUGGUCUACUGA